UGUUGUACAGACGUCCCUUAUAUAUUUACAUUUAAAAAAUCAUACAAAUUAAAAAAAUAAUUACAUUUAAAAUCUAACAUUUUUUUUGGUGACGGUUCUGUUGUGUGCUGAAUAGUUUCAGGGGUUAGCAGCGUGAUGGAUCAUAAGGAGUUUCGUGUGAAAGCCAAGGAGCUGGUGGACUAUAUAGCGGACUAUUUGGAGAAUGUCCGCGACCACCGCGUGUACCCCGGCGUCCAGCCCGGGUAUCUCCACGCGCGCCUGCCGACUGAAGCUCCGCAGGCCCCCGAGUCCUGGGACGACAUCUUCAGGGAUGUGGAGGACCAUAUCAUGCCAGGGAUCGUCCACUGGCAGAGCCCGCACAUGCACGCAUACUUCCCCGCGCUGACGUCCUACCCCUCCAUCAUGGGGGAGAUGCUCUCCAGCGCGCUCAACGUGCUCUGCUUCACUUGGGCGUCAUCACCAGCGGGAACUGAGUUGGAGACGAUAGCGAUGAACUGGCUGGGCAAACUCCUCGGGCUACCCGAUUGCUUCCUCAACGAGAAGAACGACAGUCCUGGUGGUGGGGUUAUACAGACCACAGCCAGUGAGGCGACCCUGGUCAGUCUCCUGGCUGCGAGGACGAGGGCUUUGAUGGAGCUCUCCAGCCUGAACCCUGAGGUGCAGUCCUCAGAACUGCUGGGUCACCUGAUCUGUUACUGCUCAGACCAGGCCCACUCUUCCGUGGAGAAAGCUGGAUUGAUCGGAUUGGUCAGAAUGCGAUACAUAGAGUCGGACGAGCACCAGUGCAUGCGAGGCGCUAAGCUAGAAGAGGCUAUUCUUAAUGAUAAAGACAAGGGGCUGGUGCCGUUUUGGGUGUGCGCAACCCUUGGUACUACUGGGUCGGUGGCGUUCGACAACUUGCGUGAGAUCGGCGAGGUGUGCGAGAAACACUCGGCGUGGCUGCAUGUGGACGCGGCCUACGCAGGCAGCGCCUUCAUAUGCCCCGAGUAUAGACAUUGGCUGAAUGGUGUAGACAUGGCGGAUUCUUUCGCCUUCAACCCCUCGAAAUGGUUGAUGGUGAACUUUGAUUGCACGGCUAUGUGGGUAAAAGACAGCACGGCGCUCCACAGGACCUUCAAUGUCAAUCCUAUAUACCUACGACACGAAAAUUCAGGCAAAGCAAUUGAUUACAUGCAUUGGCAAAUUCCACUGAGCCGUCGAUUCAGGGCGUUAAAAUUAUGGUUCGUUUUGAGGAACUAUGGCGUGGUUGGGUUGCAAAAACACAUUCGAGAGAGUGUUCGUUUGGCACAAAAGUUUGAAGCUCUGGUUUUGGCUGAUCAGCGGUUUGACAUUCCUCAACCAAGAAACCUUGGUAUGGUGGCAUUCCGUCUGAAAGGCGACAACACACUUACGGAGCGUUUGCUAAAACGGCUCAACGCACGUGGCUACAUCCACGCGGUGCCGGCGUGCUUCAAGGGCGUCUACGUUAUCAGGUUCACAGUUACCUCACAACGGACUACUAAUCAGGAUAUUCUGAAUGAUUGGAGUGAAAUAAAGACUGUUGCCUCAGAGAUAUUGAUGGAUACGUUUGGAUCUGAAAAUGGAAAUAUUGUCAUGCCAAAGAAACCGAGGAUUUCAUUGAAAGAAACCCGUGAAUUGAAUGCAACAUUCGGGACUAGUCUCCUGCUAGCAAACAGUCCAAUGAGUCCAAAGAUCGUCAACGGUACUCAUGUAGCUAUUUGCGAUUACGAACAAGUUCUUUCAUCUUGCGCUCAGACGUUUGCACAAUUGAAAAUGGAACCGAAAGACAGUCCUGAGAUGCGAAGACGUAUCAGGGGCAUUCGCAUGUGUGGAAAGAAGUUCUCCCUUGACUCUUACAUGGAUAUGGUGCAGGGCUUGAUGGUGGAGCAAUCUCUCCCUCAGUGCUCUGAGGAAGAGAGAGAAGAGGCUUCUAAUGGAUCUAGUCCUUGUGACCGUUCAUCGAUCACAUCGUCACCGGUGACUUCAAGCACCACAAUCAAACAAGACAUAUCAGAUUUAAGCCAACUGCAUAUACCUUCUACGCCAUCCAGACAAAUUAGAUCUAAAUCAUUCGACGUAUCCCUCUCAGAUUUAAAACUAGACGAUGCUACUAUAUCUAUAGAUAUGAGGAGCAAUGAAAUAACCAUAACUCCAACUGGAUCAAAAAAAAUCGACGAUCAUGUGCAUUUUAAUGCUCUUGAGGAAAAACUGAAUAUUGGCGAUAAAAUUUCACAAGCAUUUGACAGCUUCCAAUCAGGGAAUUUAGAUGUUUUUCGUAGCGAAACUAAUCAAGCUAGACAAGGAGUUGAUGAAGUUGGUGAUAAUUCAAAACUGACUAUAAAAGGUCCGGGCAGUUAUAUUAAGAAAUUGAUACAACAAUUUAGCGAAGGCCCUUUUGAAACGGAGGAUGAUAGAAAUGAGCCCGAAAAGACAGUACCUACGCCGUCUAUCAAGGAUAGAGCCGAUGCAAUUUGCAAAAAAUGCUUUCAUUACAAAGGUCGGAUAAAUAAAUGAAUAAAACGGAAAAUGUACUUUUUAUGUAUCAUGAAUUUUAAGGACAGGAAUAAACUUAUCAUAUUUUUUUAAUUUGCGUGAAUUCAAAUAUUUAAUUAUUUUAAUUUUAAGAAUUAAUAAUUCUUAGGCAGGGCCUACAACGUUAAUGUUAUUAGUUAUAGUUUUAAAGAUUUAUUUUAGUUUAUAAUAAGAAGUACAUUAGUACUAUGUUAUUACUAAUGUGUAAGACAAAAAAAUAAAAACAAAAACUUAUUUUUAAGUUUUUACUAAUUUGUUCAUAAAACUAAAGCACAAUGUUAAGUUUUGUAAGUUUAAGUUUAGUUAGUUUUUUUUAUGUUUUAUUAAAAACAUUGAUUUGAAAAAAAUCCAAAAUUGAAAAAACACUCGUAACCAAAGUUCUGUAUAGUUAAAAUGACACUUUGAAGUUUAAUAUAAAAUAAGUGUGGAAAUACAAUUAAGACACAAGCAGUACUGAGUUGAGAUGAAUUCAAUUAUAUCAAACUCACACAAAUACCAACUUUAUAAUUAUUACGUAUUCAAAAUUGAGUGGCUUGUUAAACCUAUCUACCAAAUUUAAAUAUUAGUAUUAUAAUUGUAAUUUAUAUUAAUAGGCUUGUAGAUAAAAAUUACAGCGUAGGCGUUAUAUUAUUAAAAAAAUAAAAAUUGUUUAUAAUUUUAAUAUAAUAUAUUAUACGUUAGAAACUGCUGUGCGUCAUCAAUAAACUUUUUCUUAAUAUUGUAUAUUCCUUAAACAAUAUUGUUACUGUAAGUAGAGCCAAUAUUUUAAUAUUAGUAAAUAUUCAUUAAAAAUAUCUCGAAU